AUGCUUCUUUCUAAUAUUUUCACCCACAUGCUUCUGGCCUCUGUGGUCUCCUCCGCCGCCAUUCCCGUGGCUGACGCCGAAUCUGUUCAGCUGGCUGAGCGAAAAGACGCCAAGGAGGUCUUCCACGAGAUUGGAAACUUCUUCAAGACUGGUGACAUUCACGACGAUGGAAAGCACAACGACAAGCGAGAGCUUGAGGAGCGAAAGAACGCCAAGGAGGUCUUUGGUGAGAUUGGCAACUUCUUCAAGACCGGUGACAUUCACGACGACGGCAAGCACCACGACAAGCGAGAGCUUGAGGAGCGAAAGAACGCCAAGGAGGUCUUUGGUGAGAUUGGCAACUUCUUCAAGACCGGUGAUAUUCACGACGACGGCAAGCACCACGACAAGCGAGAGCUUGAGGAGCGAAAGGACGCCAAGGAGGUCUUUAGCGAGAUCGGCAACUUCUUCAAGACCGGUGACAUUCACGACGACGGCAAGCACCACGACAAGCGAGAGCUUGAGGAGCGAAAGGACGCCAAGGAGGUCUUUGGUGAGAUUGGCAACUUCUUCAAGACCGGAGAUAUCCACGACGACGGCAAGCACCACGACAAGCGAGAGCUUGAGGAGCGAAAGGACGCCAAGGAGGUCUUUGGUGAGAUUGGCAACUUCUUCAAGACCGGAGAUAUCCACGACGACGGCAAGCACCACAAGGACGACUAA